AUGAAAUUAAUAGGUGUUACACCAAUAUCAUCAUCUAAAUAUUAUUGCAAUGUUUGUAACAGUCUGUGUGGUAUAUGGGGUGGUCAAAAGUUUUGUGAAAAUAAGAAAUGUAAUUUAUUUAAUCAAUCAUUGCAAAAUCGUAAUGUAACUGAAAUAGUUACACUGUAUAUCAAGGAGCAAUUGAAAUCAAUUCUUACUCGAAAUAUCUCGUUAUUGAACGAAAAAGAACUCUCUCAACCAUAUGAUAUUGAUUCUGGUGCUUUUUACAAAAAGUCGAUGAUUUCAUUAAAUGAAUUACAUAGGGCCAACAACGUCACAGUUUAUCCCACCACUCUCAAUAUUCACACCGAUGACGCACCUUUGGUACAUACAACCAAAUCAUCUCUAUGGCCGUGUUCAGCUUCAAUUGUCGAACUUCCUCCACAACAAAAAAAUGCUUAUCGACCACGCACUCACACUGAGUUUAUAGCAACAGCUCAAGCAGCUGAUAUUCGAGUAUUUGGUCAUAAAAAGGCAGGUAGUAUUUUAGGUGUUAAAGAAACUUCGCCUUUACUUGAAAUCUUUGAAUAUCCAAAACAAAUAAUUGUUGAUUAUAUGCAUUUGUCUUGUCUUGGACACAUGUCAAACUUGAUACAGGGAUGGCUAUUAAUGUUGAAUUCCGACACACUUUCAGAUAUAAAUUCAAUAUUAUAUUCUCAAAAAUUUGCUCACAAUAUGAGUGUUAAAUUCAAUUAUCCAAUUAAUGCCUGUACCGAUUGGAAAGCAAAGCAUUUUCGUGUCUUUAUAUUGUCAAUUGGACUUCCACUUCUACUACCACAUUUACCUUCGAUUAUCGCAGCACAUUUUGCGUUAUAUUCAAUGUGUAUCAAAUUAUUACAUUGUCCAAAAUCUGAUGAAGAGAUCGGAUUAGCAGAUCAAAUUAUUCAUUAUUAUUGUUGA